AUGCGUGCCUCUUUCGCCAUCGCUGCCAGCAUUCUUGCUGUUGCAUCCGCAAAGACCAUCAGCGUUACCGACACUGUUGAUGUAACUAUCACCUCCUGCGAACCGACUGUCUCUAACUGUCCUUACAAGCCAACUGCCACCGGUACAUGGGAUGACUGGACCAGCUCCACCACCACCACCACUACCACCAAGCCCGUCGUGAAGACCACCACCACCAGCGCCGUCUGGAACGAGUGGGAGCAUGCCACCACGACCACCACCACCAAGCCUGCUGUCAAGACCACCACCAGCGUCUACGACCCUGACUGGAAGGAUUGGGAGUCCAGCACCACCACCACGACCACCACCAAGCCCGUUUCCCCAGCCAGCUCUACCGGCGUCUGGGCCGACUGGGAGUCCACCACCUUGAGCACCGUCCCCGUUGCCCCAGUCACCACCUGGACCUCCAGCGUGCCAGUGGCCCCCGCCACCACCGGUGUCUGGACCUAUAGCAGCACCCCCGUCAAGCCUGCCGUUGCCACCUACACUGGUGCCGCCAACGUCAACGCUGGCUCUUUCGCUCUUGCUGGUCUUGCUGCCGCCGCUGUCAUGGUCAUCGCAUAA